AUGCCGAGUGCAGCAGCCGUCACAUUAAAGACGGCCGCAACAUUUAGAAGUUCAAUUGUGCCGGCCAAUGCCAGUCGAAGUACGCAGUCAGCAGUUAGCGGCAGCAUCCAGCAUCUAAACUCAGCAUCAGCUGUGAAACGAUUUGAAAAGCGUCAAGCGAAUUCUAAGAGCGUCAAGCCAAUAAAUCAAGCAAGCAAGCAACAACGAAUCGAAUUAAAUUUAAGUGAUUUGAACAAAAGUGCAGACAACUUUAGUGCAUUAUUCUUCAGUUUGGAUUUUGGGCCUAUUGAGCUGGUUAGUCGUCAAACGGUGAGUCCAAAUACCGUCGGUAGUCAAAAGCAAAAAACAGCAGCACUCGAGUGUGUACACAUGAAAUUUAUUGCUACCAAAAACGCACGCCAUCAAGUAGCGACGCAAACUGCUAGUCCGCCAAGCAGCCACGUCGAAAUAAAAUCAGCAUUCACAAUAUCGUCUGAUAAGCCAGCAAUUGUAACGACAACCACAACUAACAGCACUACCCACGCAUACAAGCACAACCACAACCACAACCACAUCCAGAACCACAAUUACCAGCCCACAAUACCGACAACAACAGCAGCGACCUUUGUCGCCCAAGUGCCAUCAAUAAGCACUAAAAUUGCGUCAAUAAAAAGGAAACCCUCUCCAGUCCCCAUUCCACAUAAGCAGCUCAUUUUGUCGGCAACAACCCACGAAACAACAGAGGCAGCAACAUCAACAGUAGCACCAACAGCAGCGGCAGCAGGAGCAGGAACAGCAGCGGCAGCGGCAGCUGCGGCAACAGUUGUUAUAACAAUUGUUACACAAACAACAACCGAUAGCACAUCGAACAACAUUAAUACGACAGCACUAGGCGGCAUCUCAACCGAAGCACCAACAGCAGUGGCAGCAACAGCAGAGGAAGUGACCUCAAACGUUAAUAGCGGAGUAGGUGUGAAUACUAAUAAUACAGCGACACAGUCCGCAUUAGCGUCAGCUAUAAACACCACAACAACACCUACAACAGCAACAGGUCUCGACUUUUUUAGCCAACAACAAACGCAAGCAACGCCGGUGGCAUUGCAGCGUACAACUGCUGCUGCUUUGAUUUCACGUCAGUCCCCACAACAACACCAACUGUCGCAACUACAGUCACAGCAGCAGCCGCUGCUGUAUACGUGCUCCUCCGCAUCGCUGGCGGCUUCAUCGUCAUCGAUACUGGCUCAGCCGCCGCCAACGAAGAUUUUUAAAACGGAUCAUUUGUGUGUGAACGCUUACGGUUUGCCCACUGUUGCCGCUGCUGCUGCUGCUGGGCAUCCUUGCGUCUACUGUGUGAUACCAGUUGUGUUCGCUUAA